AUGGGCUUUCUCAAACAUAUCCGGUCCAAGUCAAAAAUCAAGGCGCAGGCAGCUGCCGCCGCGGCCGCCGGAGAGAAUGAUUCAUAUCGAUAUUACCCUGCAACCCCGGGGUUUCGAAGUCAUCGCCCAGCCCCAAAGCUCCCGACAGCCGUGCUGGAGACCAUUUUUUUAUUCCUCUGCCCCCAUACUCAGGAUGAAAACUAUGACGCUUGCGAAGAUUCCAUGAUCGAGGAUGGGUGCAUGCUCUGCGAUAUGCGCGAUCUAGCACACUGUGCUGCAGUCUGCCGAGACUGGCGUCCAGUGGUAGAGAAGCUUCUGUAUCGGAGCAUUAGAAUCGAUCCCGUCCAUUAUUGCGAAAAAGAGAUUGAGCUUUCGGAGAAGCGGAACCGUCGAUCCUUUUCACGAAAAAAGGGCGACGAUGGCGAUGCGCCAGGACAGCGGCUGGCUCUGCUAUCGCGCACCCUGCGCGGUAAUCCUUGGCUCGCAGUUACUGUGCAAUACCUUAAAAUGCCAUUCAUGACUCGAGAGACGCGCAAGGCCGAUCUUGCCCGUACAAUAUCCGUGUUGCCGAACCUUCAAUAUGUCGAUCUUCCCGAAGGCUUCUACAGUGACGACCCCUCUUGUCGGACCCUUCGUGAGGAGCUUGCAGCGCGUUGCUGGGAUAUCAGGAAGAUGAAGUACACUGUCGGUUCAGAGCAUUCCUUUACAUUAUUAGGGCAUGGUCGAUAUUGGCAGGGUCUCAAAGCGCUCGAGUUGGUCGGAAUCGUGGUCGAUCCAGGCACGCUCCUGCAAGGCAUGGCUUCGCUGCCCAUUUUGCAUGAAUUGAAAUUGGUUGACUUGCCAUGGCUUGAUGAUUCCAUUUUCCAAACAAACGCUGCGCUUCCCGCCUUCCCUGCGCUACAGAAGCUCAGCCUCGACGAGAUACCGAACGUAACAGCACAUGGUGUGAGACAGUAUCUUUCCCGCCCCGAGGCCCGGGAGAUCUUUAACACACUCCAACUGAAUUCCACUGGAGUCCUCCCAACUGAGCUCCACAUUGUCUUGGCCGCUGCGCCAUGGCUGACGCAGCUCUCCAUUGUCGAAGAAGUGACACGCCCAUUUCCGAUCCAGGAGAAGAUACCUCUAAUGGCUUCGCGCAGUCUGCGCACAUUGCAUUACGAGAUUACCUCUCCACCUGUUGCGCAGGGUGCGCAUCGAGCGGAUGAAGGCUACUAUCAAUACCUAUCACACUCUCUCCUGGCUUCUUGCCUCCCAGCACUCCGGUCACUUUUUGUUCGAUAUACUGAUUUUCAUGAUAGCCUCUUGCUCGAGGCGCCUCGUCCUGCUUUUGCCGGAGAUGCCGCUCCGCGGCCACGGUUUCGGCAGACGAUGGACAUUUACAGCAAGGGGUUGGACGAGCUGGAGUGGAAUUUCACCUCAAUCACGCCGCCUGUCGGUCCCGGUCGCCGAGGUAGUGCGAGUAUCACUACCCCAUUGAGUGCGCAUCGGAUGAGCGGACAGUUGAGUCCGCAGUGGGGCGGGGAUGCACGACGCAGCGUGGUGGUCGGAAAUGGCUUUGGCGGAUUCCUUGCAGUACCUACCGAAGCCGACGGCAGCACUGUCGGCUCUGGCAAGGGUCAUGCGCGGAAGAGUAGUCGACAGGAUCUCUGGAGAUGA